CAUUAGAUUGUAACAAGGCCUCAUCAAGCAAAACAACAAAAGCUAGUCAAGCCAAAUAUCAAAGGCAGAGUCACUGGGAUUUAAACAACUGGAUCAUAUCAUAUGGAGUUCUCUUAUUGUCUUAGAUUUCUGCUUCUCAUUGCCUGCCUCUCUCCGGCUUUGGUCGAAUGCAGGGUCCGGCGCUAUACGUUCAAUGUGGUGAUGAAAAAUACUACCAGACUAUGUUCAAGUAAGCCUAUUGUCACUGUCAAUGGGAAGUUCCCAGGACCAACUCUUUAUGCCAGGGAAGAUGACACAGUGCUUGUUAGGGUCAUCAACAAAGUCAAAUAUAAUGUAUCUAUUCACUGGCAUGGAAUCCGGCAACUCCAAACGGGUUGGGCUGAUGGUCCUGCAUACAUUACCCAGUGCCCAAUCCAGCCUGGGCAAAACUAUGUGUACAAUUUCAACAUUACAGGUCAGAGAGGCACACUCCUCUGGCAUGCACACAUUCUCUGGUUGAGGGCCACAGUCCAUGGUGCCAUUGUUAUCUUGCCUAAGCGUGGUGUCCCAUAUCCAUUCCCAACUCCCCAUAAAGAAGUUGUGGUCAUAUUAGGUGACUAUGAAUCUUUCUUUAAGAACAAAUUUUCUGUAAAUUGUGGUCAUUACGACGCAGAAAUUGGAAUUGAAAUCUUACAAUUUUCAAUUGCAGCUGAAUGGUGGAAAUCGGACACAGAAGCUGUGAUUAACCAAGCUCUCAAAUCUGGAUUGGCACCAAAUGUAUCUGAUGCUCACACUAUCAAUGGCCAUCCUGGAACCUUCUCAACUUGUCCUUCACAAGGUGGGUUCACAUUGCCAGUCCAAAGUGGGCAGACAUACAUGCUAAGGAUUAUCAAUGCUGCACUCAAUGAAGAGCUCUUCUUUAAGAUUGCCGGGCACAAGCUCACCAUUGUAGAAGUUGAUGCCACAUAUGUCAAACCAUUCAAAACAGACACAAUCCUAAUUGCUCCAGGCCAAACCACUAAUGCCCUCAUCACUACAGACCAAAAUACUGGCAAGUACUUGGUCGCAGCAGCCCCCUUCAUGGACUCACCUAUUGCUGUUGAUAACGUGACCGCCACCGCCACCUUGCACUAUUCCGGCACACUUUCUAAUGCUGCCACAACCCUCACCACCCCACCACCACGAAAUGCCACAGCAGUCGCGAACAAGUUUACUAACUCCCUCAAAAGCCUUAAUUCACAAAAAUAUCCUGCCAAAGUCCCAUUGAAGAUUGAUCACAGUCUGUUUUUCACAGUUGGCCUAGGAGUUAAUCCUUGCCCAACUUGCAAAGCUGGUAAUGGAAGUAGAGUGGUUGCUAGUAUUAACAAUGUCACGUUUGUUAUGCCAACCACGGCUCUACUACAAGCACAUUUUUUCAACAUCGGUGGUGUGUUCACCACUGAUUUUCCUAAAAACCCACCACAUACAUUCAACUACACGGGAACUCCACCAGCAAAUUUACAGACCACAAAUGGAACAAAGGUUUAUAAGCUGAAAUACAAUUCUACAGUUCAACUUGUUAUGCAAGAUACAGGAAUCAUAUCCACUGAGAACCAUCCAGUCCAUUUACAUGGCUUCAACUUCUUCGCUGUUGGUAGAGGAGUCGGAAAUUACAUUCCAAAUACAGACCCUAACAAUUUCAAUCUUGUUGAUCCUGUGGAAAGGAACACAAUCGGAGUACCCUCUGGUGGAUGGGUUGGUAUUCGAUUCCGAGCAGAUAAUCCAGGAGUUUGGUUCAUGCAUUGCCAUCUAGAAGUGCACACAACAUGGGGACUAAAGAUGGCGUUUCUGGUUGAGGACGGCAAAGGCCCUAACCAAUCACUUCUGCCACCUCCUAGUGAUCUGCCAAAAUGUUGAAAUAAAGCCACAAACAAGAAGAGAAAGAUCAACAAGAAGAAGCAGAGAGUUCGUUAAACAAAAAAUAAGUUCGAAGAUUCAAUUGUUUUCUUGAGCAAAAGGAAGACUUUUCUCAAGCAAGUUUUAAUAAAAUUGUUUGAGCAGUUUUAUAACAUUAUACAUUGUAUGCUUUUUUUCCCUUCCUAUGAAUUGAUUCAUGUCCUAAAGAUAGAAUGUAUAAGCUUUUGAUGUUGUAUUUAAGUUUCCGAAAGGGCUUUACCUUC